CUUUUUCUUUUUUCUUCUCUAUCGGGAUUGUGAAACUCAAAGAUCGGAUCGAGAGUUGCAGCCGUUGGACCCUACGCCACAGAGCUCUCUCUCUCUCUCUGCAACCGUGGUUUACGUGGCCGUUGAGGUCGCCGAGGGAGAGAGUUUGAUCUGAGAAGGAACAGUUUAUGCUUUUCUUUUCUUUUUGUUUAGAAAAUUUGAAGGUAUUGUGAGGUGAGGUUUUGAUGAUUAAUUUUGUUUUUCUUUUACGAGAUUGAUUUUCGGAAAAAAAAUCUGGAGAGGUUUAGGCUGUUUGGAUACGGAGAUUAUGGGAUUUUCUGAGAUUCAUUUUUGAAAAGGAAAAUUUCUUGAUAUUUUCCUUGGAGAAACGGAUCUCGAAGGAUCGCUUAGACCAUCAGUUUCUUGCAUUUCACGAUGAGAAGGAGAGGGAAAGAGAGUGAGAGAGGCAAGAGCUUAUAGGAGACGCGUUGAGUAAUUCCAUUUUCUGUUGGUAAGGGGAAAGAGAAAAUGUCAUCAUCGAACUCGCCCUGUGCAGCGUGCAAGUUUCUCAGGCGAAAAUGCAUCCAAGAAUGCGUUUUUGCACCGUAUUUUCCACCGGAUCAGCCUCAAAAGUUUUCCUGUGUCCACAAGGUAUUUGGCGCCAGCAAUGUCGCUAAGCUUCUCAACGAGCUUAACGCUUCCCAACGAGAAGAUGCCGUCAAUUCCCUCGCUUAUGAAGCUGAGGAGCGUCUCCGUGAUCCUGUCUACGGCUGUGUGGGUCUAAUAUCCAUCCUUCAACAUAGACUAAAGCAACUUCAGAAUGAUCUCUACAUUGCCAAGAGAGAGCUGGCAGGGUAUAUUGGGCCCAGUGCAAUGCUUCCCAUCUUGCAAAAUCCGACGUAUAUGCCCCAACAGCAUCUGGGUAAUCCGUCUUCUUCAAAUGUCAUCCCCUAUAACAUGUUGCCGAUGAUGGGUAUUCCUACUGGGCCACCGCAUGGCGGCCAACUUAUGAUAAGAGAGCACCCACAACAGCAUCCAACGCAUCCACAGCAGCAAUUCUUUGAGGCUCAGCAAUUGGCUGAUGCUGUGGUCGUAAGAGACCAGCAAGAGAUGUUUAGGACUUAUGAUCAGCAGCAGCCUGAAGAUCAAUCACAACACCAUCAAGAGCUUGUGAGAUAUAACAGUGGUUUUGACGCAGCAGGUUUGGUCACUGCUACUGGAUACAAUCAGCUAAGUGUCGCUUCUGCUAUGUCACCGUCUUUGGCUUUAGGUAUCUAUGACAACCCUUACCAGAUUCAACAAACGGCGCACCCUCAUCAUCAGCUUCAGGAACAGCUUUUACUUCAACCACAACAACAACAGCCUCCUCAACUAACCCAACAGCAACAUCAAAGGUCUGGAAAUGAAGAGGGCAGGAGUGUCGGCCCAUCCUGUUGAAGUUUUUGCUAGUCAUGUUGACCUUCUUGUUAGUUCCAUUGACGCAAUCAUAGGUACGUAUUAUUUUAUGUCUCCGUUAAUCUUUUUUAGUCAAGUGGUUUAUGCUUGUGCACGUGAGGGUUUUUGGUCACUUGAAAUUGUUUUGAAUCUAGGGACGAUUUUGAUGCCUUUUGUGUAAUAUGGUUAGGGGUUUCAUUAAUGGGGUGCACGUGAGUGUUUUUGGUCAGUUGAAAGUGUUUUGCAUCUAGGGAUGAUUUUGAUGCCUUUUGUGUAAUAUGGGUAGGGGUUUCAUUAAUGGGGUAAUCUAAUUUGCUGGCACUAUAAAGACAGAAUUACUCUUUAAUGCAUAGAGAAGUAGGCUUGCCGGGUUGGAUAAGAGAAUCGUCUAAGAAAAUAAGUUAUUCUCUUUUCGCACAUGGGGAUAGGCCUUCAACUUUUGUAAGUAGCAGCCUCUAUUGCUUACCUUCUCUAAUUUUUAGUUAGUGAAACAAACUUCUCGGGAAAAUUAUUGAAAUAAUAAUAUAAUAUUGUACGGAUGAGGCUAAGAAAAAUAUACUAUCAUUUGAAGACUUGUUUUGCAUCCAUUAAUUCUUAUAUAGGAUAGAUGUACUUCAAAAAAAAAAUUGUAACCUACAUACUUUGGGAUCUUUUUCUUGUCAUUUGGGUGACAAAAAAGAACUCGUGGUGGCCAGAGGGAUUACAUGUGCAUUUGUUGUGGUAAUUCAAUUUAUGAUACUCAUUUUGUGCAUUGGAAUUUGGUUCUCAGUGUAAUUACAACGGUGCCCUUCUUGGAUGGUUUCUUCCAUCUGAUGACCGGCAACCUCUUUUUCCAUUGAAAAUGAUGUUCAUAGGUCCACUGUUUGUGUUCCUAUAAAUCACUGUAUUUUUAUUAACAAGCUAUGCGUUCUUUCAAUUACUGCGCAUAUUUUUCUUCAAUGAAAAAAAAAAAGGCUAAUGCUUAUCGAUUGUGAACAUUCAUUCCGUGCCUUGUGAUUAUGUUAUUUAUAUUGAAAAAAUAUGAUAUUAGUCGUUAAUAAAACAUAUUUAGAAUUAAUGAAUUUUAUAAUUCUAAUAUAAUUUAAAUUAGAGCAUAUUAGAGAGCUAGUUAAUAAUUACUAUCAUUUAAUGGGUUUGUUACCUUUUAAAUAAAUGCGCUGUUUUGAGAACAAUCAUUACAGAACAGAAGCUUACAAAUGUUGAUUACAGAACAAUCAUUAACCAAGUAGAAUUUUUUCUUUCCUUGUAAUUUUUUUUGCAGCUCGUAACUGCUGGAUAGGAGUUAACACAAGCGCAUAUAUGCAUAUAGAGUGAUAGAGAAAGAAAGGUUGGUGGGAUGGAUUG